AUGGGCAGCGUUGCGGGCGACGCAGCGCUUGCAGGCCUUGUGGCGUCGCUCACCAAGAUGGCAGAGGACCAUCCGUACUUGAAGCCGACGGGCACUGAGUUCGCUCCGCACCCGCUGCUGUACUGGGUGCGGCGCUGCCGAGAGUAUGCGAUGGCGAGGAAGACUGACGAGGCGCAGAGUUGCCUGAAGCGAGUCAACGACAGCUUGGAAUAUGAGCUGGCGCAGAUCCGGGACGCCUUCCGGCGCUUCGACCACGACGGCUCGGAGCAUUUGGACAACUACGAGUUCAAACUCAUGUGUGCCUACAUUGGCUGGGGUGAGGAAGAAGCCAGCGUGAUGGACUUGGACAACGACCAGAAGGUGACGCUGGCGGAGUUCGAGCGCUUUGUGGGGCACAUGGGAGGCUUGCAGCAGCUCUUCCAGCACCGGCGCCAGCGGGUGGCCCGGAAGCAAUGGGGCCUUGACGCGCCCGCAAUCAUUGAGGUGGGGGCCCGGGUCCAGAGCUACUACUACGAGGAUUCCAAGAAGAGCUCCUCGCUGCGGGAGGCCCAGGUCCUCGAGUUGAACGUGGUGCCCAGCAACGGGGCUGGCCUUUGGCUUUGGCGAGGGCGCAGAUGCACGGCAGGAGCAGCAGGUCGUGCCGCCCAACUGGAUCUUCAGCGACACCCGCGACAGUGA